AUGAGUCUCUCCUCCAGCUCCUCAGCUUCGUCCGGUAUUCACGAUGACGACGUCAAACGCAAGAUGCGAAUUCGGCGAGUCAAAGCUAAUGGGCGUGAACGCGCCAGAAUGCAUGGUCUCAACCAGGCGUUGGAUGUCUUAAGAGAGUACAUCCCAAUUACGACACAGCACCAGAAGCUCAGCAAGAUCGAGACUCUCCGAUUAGCCAAGAACUACAUCGAGGCACUUAAUCGGAUGCUGCAGACGAACUCGCAGCCAUCGCCCCUCGAAUACGCGCAUCAACUGGCGACAGGACUCUCGCAGACCACCACCAACAUGCUUGCCAAUCUGCUCCAGGUCCAGCCGCGUCUUCUCUGCCCACCACAACAAUUCGAUCAUUUCGACCUGCCGACGGGAUAUCCGACGAACCCAUCAUCUGCCUCGCCAAGCGCCACCUCGUUCAGCUCGCCAACUCCCCAAUAUUAUUAUUCUCCAAAUCCAUCGGCUGCUCCAUUGCAAUCAUUUCCACCAAACUCGUUCUAUUCCGAUUUCUCCCAGCACUCUUAUUCCCCGUAG